GGCAUCUGGAGUGGCCAUCGUUCUUGUUUCUGAGGGAGAUUUAGUCAUGUGCAGUGGUGAUUGUAGGAAUUUGAGGAUGGAAUUGUCCGAGGAAUUGAGCAUGGAAUUGAGCACACCAGAGAGAGGUGAGGCGCGAACAUCAGCGCGCAAUGCACCGUAAAUACUCCCAAACUCGGAACUUCGAAAGUCAUGACCAGCUUCAAACGCACGGACGAGGGCGAAGAAAGGGAUCUUCAGGGCCAACACCAAAGAUCGAGCUGAAAGCAGUCCAGCAUGGGCCGGAAAGGACCAGUCGGCCUGGCCGAAUUCAAAGCCGUUCUGCGCAAAUUGAAAACGCCGACGGACCAACGCUUCGGAGUGGGCGUCACUGGAGAUGCGAAGAGCAUGGCGGCCCUACUCUUGUUGCGCGAGGCGGUCGGGCCAGAACGUGUGACGGCAUUCACUGUUGACCACCGACUCAAGCCAGGGAGUAGAGAGGAAGCGCAGAGGUUGCAUAAGACCGUAACUGCUCUAGGAGUACGGCACGAGAUACUCACAGCGGACUGGACUGAGUACGAAACAGGUUUACUAGGGGACAGAAAAGAUCCACCUAUCCACAACCCAGACCAACUGAAAGAUUCGAAAAAGGGAGAUGCCGCACGGGCGAGGCGUCACACGCUACUAGCAAAGGCAUGCAGGCACCGCGGGAUCCCAGCUCUGAUCUUUGGUCACUCGCUGGAUGAUCAAAUACGCAUAGGGUUGAAACGGAUGUCGGCGGGAUCUGGGAUUGAAGGGUUGAGUGGGAUGAAGAUGCUGUGCUCGGAGGUGCCGAAUACGUUCGUGCCGGCUGCAAAGAAGGUGCAGCUGCUGCGACCGCUACUAUGUUUCGAUGAGAACCGGCUGGUAGAAACGUGCACGCAUUUUGGAGCACCUAUACAUAACGGACCGACAAAUGAUCUGCUCUUCAUAUCAGAAGACGUAUGGCUAUCGCUUUAUCUCCGGAAACUAGUGCAUGCAGAUGGGGAUCGACCAGAUGCCUCACCGGCGGAUUCCGCGCCGAACACGUUCGAUAAGGACGCAUUUGCGCAUUUUAUGGCCCUCAUGAAUCAACAUCGUGAGGCCUACCAGAAGAAGGUCCGCCCAAUCCUGGACGAGUAUACCCUGUUCGACCCACCCUCCGGUACCUGCUUCCUGCAAGUCCGUCCCAAAGCCGGAUCCUUCGGCCCGCCCUGGAUAAAACAACCCCACAUCGCCCUCCGCGUCCUCUCCCGCGUCAUCCAAUGGUGCGCCCGCGCCGGCGACAACCGCACCUGGACGCAACCCACAUCCAUCCCCCUCGACAUUCUGUCCCAUUUCAAUCGGAGCAGGCCUGACCGCGACACAUCCGUCGGCCACGUCCAACUCUGCCGCCCGCGCGCCAACGCCACCGGCGCCUACAUCUGGCUCGUCGGCCGCGCCCGCAUGCAAUCCCAAGAACAACGCAACACCGCCAUCGUCCUCAAACUCGGCGACACAGCCCUCUGGGACGCCCGCUUCCUCAUCGCCCUCCAACCCUCCCCACACGCCCCCGCCGACACAACCUUUUACGGCGUACCCCCGCGCGACCUCCGCUUCGUUGUCCGCGCACUCACAACAGCCGACAUGAAAUCCGUUAUAAACCGCAUGCGCAUCCCCCCGCACCGCGGCGCUGACCACAGCGAACAUGUACAGCGAUCUAUCAUGCAUUACCAGAAAAAAGUCCCGGAAUCGUUGCAGGAGACGAUCCCGUGUAUCGCACUUGAGCAGGACGAUGGCGAUAGGAGUUAUGUGGUUGCGAUACCCAGUUUGUCGAUCAAUUUGGAGCCGGAGGUUGUGGAUGUGAGGUUUAGCUUUGCUAAUCAUGGGCUGCUGGAGAGGGAGGAGAGGGAUGUAGGGUUUAGUAUGUUGGAGGAGCAGGAGAUUGGGGACGAUGGUGGUGGGCGGAAGAAUAGGUAGAGGAAUGUUGGUGAUCAUGUAUUUGACUACGUAUAGAUUUUGGUAACUGGCAUGAAUGGAACAUGAACCUACAAAGCUUGAAAAGUGCAUUCUACAGUAAUGUCUUCUAUUCCCACAAUGAAUGUUACAGAUGCAUACAGGAUGAGGUAGUUAGAGAUAUGUGGAGUCGAAUACAUAACUUGAGGGGAAAAGCUUUGCAAUCGACUGGGAUCUCCAGCGCGGAGAAAUUUUCGCCGAGAACCAAGCAAGGAUUACGCAAGAUCAGCGUGCGACUCUGGGCAGGCGCUCGUCGGAGAAAUGUGCCUCACCCAGCAGCACUCAACCGCCUGAAAACCCUCCUCCCCCACAACCAGGCCUCCAACGCCCAC